GAGCGAUACUAUGGAUUCGAGAAUUUUGGAAACACCUGCUAUUGCAAUUCAGUAUUGCAAGUCCUUUAUUUUUGUAAACCAUUUCGGAACUGUGUUGUGUGCUAUAACUUUCCCGAGUCUGCUGAAAAUGCUCAAAACUCAAUCUUGCACGCCAUGCAAGAGUUGUUUGUUGCUAUUUCAACACAAAAAAAGCGAACAGGUGUCUUUUCUCCAAGAUACUUUAUAUCAAAACUUAAAGAAGAAAAUGAGCUGUUUAAUAACACCAUGCAACAAGACGCACAUGAAAUGUUCAAUUAUCUGUUGAAUGCCAUUGCAGAGAUUCUUUUGAAUCAAAAAACAGAAAUGCAUGCCAAUAUUCAAUAUGUGUAUUUGUUUACUUUAGUCAAGGAACAAACUGCACCCACUUGGAUACAUGCUUUAUUUGAGGGUCAGUUGACAAACGAAACUAAAUGCUUGAAUUGUGAAAGUAUUACAAAUCGUGUCGAAUCAUUUUUGGAUCUGUCAAUUGAUAUUGAUCAGCACUCGUCCAUAUCUUCUUGUCUACGCAAUUUUUCAUCAUCCGAAGUGUUGUAUGGCAAAAAUAAGUUUUUUUGUGAUACUUGUAAUAGUCUUCAAGAAGCUGAAAAAAGGAUGAAGAUUAAGCGACUACCCAAUGUUCUUGCCGUUCAUUUGAAAAGAUUCAAAUUUCAAGAGCAAUUGGGUCGAUACUCAAAACUAUCAUACCAAGUUUCUUUUCCUUUGGAGCUUCGUUUAUUUAAUACGGCUGACGGUGCAGAAAAUGCUGAUCGGCUAUAUCAAUUGCAUGGUGUAGUUGUACAUAUUGGAAGUAGUCCACAAUCUGGACACUAUGUAGCAUUAAUUAAGAGCGAAAAUCAAUGGAUGCUAUUUGAUGAUGAUGAUGUCAGAGUACGUUCAAUGAUGUGUUGUAUAUGGCCUUGUUGA